AAAUAGUCUGCGUUAAACUGAACCAUGUAUACUAUUUCUGAACACAUCCAUGUCCCAGAGCGUGCCGUGCCUCUGCAUCCGGUUCCUGUAGUUCUUCGUUAUAAUAAUGCCUCCCAAGAAGGAUUCAAAAGGAUCCUCUUCCAAACAGCCCCAGAAGACUCAGAAGAAGAAAGAAGGAGGUUCCGGAGGCAAGGCGAAAAAGAAGAAAUGGUCAAAAGGGAAAGUUCGUGACAAGUUGAACAACCAAGUGCUCUUUGAUAAAGCGACAUAUGACAAACUCUUGAAGGAGGUUCCAUCAUAUAAGCUGAUCACGCCAUCUGUAGUCAGUGAGAGACUGAAAGUACGAGGCUCACUUGCAAGAAAAGCUCUUGAUGAACUUCUACAGAAAGGUCUGAUAAAACAAGUGAUCAAACACCAUGCACAAGUGAUUUACACCAGGACAACUAAGGGUGAUGACCAACCAGCAUAGUGUAAUGUUCAUACUGUUUUUUUUUCAAAUCCUGUUACGCAAUUAAAAUGAAGAAUAAAUUAUGAAAAUCCACUUAG